AUGGCGGAUCAGGGACUUGACUGCUCCCGCUCCGAUCCCCUAGAGCGUAGUCAUUUUCAGACCCAGAGCUUCGACUGUACAGAUGGUCCCAGCAGCCUGACCGCCACAUCUGUGGCCACCACCCGACUACAGCGCGAUCUCGACAGCGAACCCAUUUACUCGGAGAUCGAGGAGGAUUGCCUACGGAUCAGAGGGAGUCCGCAUCACGAGGUUAGAACCGCAGCGCAGGUAGUAAAUCACACUCCGACUCCAACGGAAAGCUCUACGGCGUAUGUGAGUGAGACCAUGCCGGAUCCAUCGCCAUCACCCGCUGAUCUCAGCGCCAUGUACGCCAGGGUGCAGAAGACGCCGAAGAACUCGCCACAAAUGAAGCCACUGGGGCAGGCCACUCAGCCGCAGAUAGUGGCUCCAGUUAUCCAACCGCCGAUGCCUCCAGUUAUCCAACCGCAGAUAAUGCCACCAGUUAUCCAACCGCAGAUAAUGCCACCAGUUAUCCAAAAGCAGAUUAUGGAUCACGUCAUAAAGCCAAAAUCUAGCCAGCCUGUGCAACCGCCAAUUAAAACUCAAUUAUCUGCUCCCAGUAAUCCUGUGGCUUUGGGUCACUUUCUACACGAAUCCCUGAAGAACGGCAACUUCUUUCAAUUCAUGCCUCUACCCGAGGAACCUAGUGGCACUGAAUCCUCCUGCUCAGCUAGUCAGACCACAGAGUCUUCUGUGAUUCGCCAGCCCAUGCUGAAGUCGUCUCCACCUCUCGUUCAUCAAUCCCUGAAUAAUAUAAGUGAGCAGCAUUCACCGCCCAAGAAGAAUCGCAAUCUUUCUCGAUCGGAGCUCUCCCUGCAGCGUAGCGAUAUCUUCCUGGACAAUCUGUGUCGCAGUGAACUGGUUCUGGAUCGCCUGGAAAAGGUGCCCAAUACCAUUUCCAAUGUGGAUACCGUUUCGUAUGACAUGCCCAACGAAGGGACCGAGGAGCUCUACGCGGAUUACAGCUUGGGUGAGGCGGGCAAUAGCUCCUUUGCGACCAAUGAUUAUGGCUCUGGACAAAUUGAGCCGGAGCCGGCUAAUCAGAGUACGCCUAAAAAGAAGCAGAGCCAGCGUUUUACAACCAAGCCCUCGCGCAAUCUUACAAUUGAUAUAAAUGAUGGCCCAGCCACGCCGCUGCGCCAAUUUGGCCAGAAUAUCAGCUUCAGUUGCCCUACAACUCCCCAGCAGGCGGAGGCUUUGAAGGCAGAGGAUCCUGGCCUGCACAACAGCAGCAGUUUGGGUGAGCUCAUGCAGACGGUGCCUAUUCCCAGUGAAAGUCAGUUGAUGUCGGUCAGCACUCUGGCCCGGUACCGCCUGCUGAAGAAUGCCCUUCGUCGGUCGUAUCGCAAGGGCAAGGACUUCUUCCUGGCGGAGAAGCAGCGACUGACUCAGAGUCUCAAUCUCUCAAGGGAUCAGUCUAAUCAAACAGACGGGGAGCUGGACAGCAGUAGCUACUAUGCCAGCUUCAAUCUGGACUCCUUACUGAACGAGUCCCUUAACCCCAAUGAGCAGCUGGCUCAGGCUGUGAGUAUAUGUCGUCAGAUGCCGGAAUUGGAGAUCUCUGCGGAGAUGGUGGAGGCGGAGCGACUUCUGCUAUUCUCCAGCCUGCGAAAGUCAGCUCCCCUUGGUUGCCAAUUAAAUGAGACGGCUUUGGCAGCCAGGAGACAAUCUCAGUGCCUUCUGAUCGAUGCCAUGGAGCUGCCUGUGAGGGCUGAUGUCAGCCAGGAUAUGUUCUUCAACUACCACUACAUCUGCACCUUUGAGUGCGGGGGACGCAUUCGCUCCACCCAAUCGGUGGAGUGCCAGAAUGGCUCUGCCUUCUUUCGCGACUGUGGCUUGGAGUUCUAUAGCGGUGAUAAGGCGGAUUCUUUGGAGCUGCGCUGCCAGAUCUUCAUGCUGCGCCUGCGCAAGGUUUCCACGCUUGCCUUGGAGCCUGCCAAGUCGCUGCGACGUGGCAGUGGAAAUUUGGGUUCCGCCAACUCGAGCUCUUCAGCGGGUUCUGCUGGCGAUCAGAUUAUCUCCCGCUUUCGCCUGCACGCAUCCUUUAAACUGCGCGCCAUGGACUUGGCUCCCUUCCAACUGGUGGCCAGUGAAUCGAGAUCCAGCGAUAAGAUCUGCCUGCGCAGCUCACGAUCCUGGCAACUGCCCUUGAGUACACACACCAAAUCCACGAACCUGGGACCUGCUAUAUCUAUAACUGGAAGAGUGGAUUUGAGACUGCCCAAGGGUCGUUUCACUGGCUACCUAAAUGUUCAGGAUCCGAAGAACAGACACCAUUGGAAUCGACGAUGGUGCAGCCUAGAUGGCGUACGGCUAUCCGUUUGGCAACAUGAAGAUAAUCUAGGAGAUGAUUCACCGCUUUUCUCGUUGGAGCUGCCAGGAUGCGGACAAUCCUUGAUAGCUGCAGCUCCACAAGAUCUUUGUGCCCGGGCCAGGAGCUUUUUAGUGCAGGGAAAAGAAUCUGAUUAUGAGGCGGGAGUGUUUUUUGCUGCCGAUACUCAACAGGAGCUCCUAGAAUGGUUGUCGCACUUAAAUGAGGCUCUUGAUUUCGCCAGGCACUGGCUAAGUUCCACCUGACAGCAGUUGCAUUCCCUACA